CCUUCUUCGCGAUUAGGGUUUUAUCCUCAGUCUGCCUCUGAAAGCAUUUGCUCCACGAAUCUGAGCAGAAGGAACUUCUGCCAUGGCUGACUACGAUCUGACUCCACGAAUCGCCCCCAAUCUUGAUCGUCACCUUGUUUUCCCUCUUCUUGAGUUCCUUCAGGAGAGGCAGCUUUACCCCGAUGAGCAGAUCCUCAAGGCGAAGAUCGAGCUUCUGAACAAGACCAACAUGGUUGAUUACGCCAUGGACAUCCACAAGUCGCUGUACCGCACGGACGAUGUUCCUCAAGAUAUGGUGGACAGGAGGGCGGAAGUGGUCGCCAGGCUUAAGGCUUUGGAGGAGUCUGCGGCGCCACUCGUUACUUUUCUGCAGAAUCCGGCGGCUGUUCAGGAACUCAGGGCUGAUAAGCAGUAUAAUCUUCAAAUGCUUAAUGAUCGUUAUCAGAUUGGUCCGGAUCAAAUAGAAGCAUUAUAUCAAUAUGCCAAAUUUCAGUUCGAGUGUGGGAACUACUCUGGUGCUGCCGACUAUCUUUAUCAGUACAGAGCCUUAUGUACAAGCAGUGAAAGGAGCCUCAGUGCUCUAUGGGGGAAAUUGGCUGCUGAGAUUUUAAUGCAGAAUUGGGAUAUUGCUGUUGAAGAGCUUAAUCGUCUAAAGGAAAUUAUCGACUCUAAGAAUUUCUCAUCACCUAUGAACCAAGUGCAAAGCAGAAUAUGGCUGAUGCAUUGGAGCCUCUUCAUCUUUUUCAAUCAUGACAAUGGAAGAACUCAGAUUAUUGACCUGUUUAAUCAAGAUAAGUAUUUAAAUGCCAUUCAAACCAAUGCUCCCCAUCUUUUGCGUUAUUUGGCCACUGCAUUCAUUGUUAACAAAAGGCGGAGGCCACAAUUCAAAGAUUUUAUCAAGGUUAUUCAGCAAGACCAGUAUUCCUACAAGGAUCCCAUCACAGAGUUCUUGACUUGUGUGUAUGUCAAUUAUGACUUUGAUGGGGCACAACGGAAGAUGAGGGAGUGUGAAGAAGUUAUAUUGAAUGAUCCUUUCCUCGGAAAAAGGCUUGAAGAAGGCAACCUUUCUACUGUUCCUUUGAGAGACGAGUUUUUGGAAAAUGCUCGCCUUUUUAUCUUUGAGACUUACUGCAGAAUACAUCAGCGCAUUGAUAUGAGUGUCCUUGCUGAGAAGUUAAACUUAAAUUAUGAGGAAGCUGAGAGGUGGAUUGUUAAUCUUGUACGGACCUCAAAGCUUGAUGCCAAGAUUGAUUCAAAAACGGGAGCGGUUAUAAUGGAACCGAACCAGCCUAAUGUGUACGAACAUCUGAUAGACCACACCAAGUCACUAUCUGGGCGUACUUACAAGUUAGUUACUCAACUUCUAGAGCAUGCACAGGCUCAAACAGCUAGAUAAAUUUUUGGUGGUGGACCAUUUUAUUUUAUUUUUCAAUCUAUUAUAUUUUCUGAAUCUGUUAUUUUGACAAGAAGCAGUAGAGAUCAGAGCAAGAUUUCCAGAUUUGAUUCCUUGUUUUUAAGGAAAUGAAAUAUGUAACGCUCGGUAAUUUUGUGUUUAAAUGUAGAAUUAUGAAUUGAUUAUCUUGUUCAUUGGAAAAUUUUCAAAUUAGUUGUAAGGAUUCUUAUUUAGAA